CAAACCGAAAGCGUCAAAAGAGCUCAAGUUGUGUUCCUGCUGCACAAGAGCGUCUGUACUUCUGCAGGUGAUGGUCAGCGGCUGAUUGUUUCCUGAAAGCUCUGCUAAUGUCUGCAUUGGUGUUUUAGCUGCAGUAUGGCAGAGGAGCGAGUAAAGGACUCUCUCUCAGAGAAACACAGUGUGAGAUCAGGAUCAUGUGUGUCUCUGAAGAGUGACCAGUCUAAAGGCAAUCCACCAGAGUUCAGAGAGAAAACCCCAUCAUCUGCCAUCAGUGUGAGAUCAGCAUCAUGUGUGUCCAGCUCUGUGUCUCUGAAGAGUGACCGGUCUAAAGAGUGGAAUCUACCAGACCUCAGAGAGAAAACGCCAUCAUCUGCUAAAAGUGUUGAAUAUGAGUUACCAGAUGCAGGAGGCGAGACUCACAGGAGACACAAGAGCUUCACAGACAAUCUCCAGAGGAUCUUUCAGAAUCUUGAGAGUAAAAUGAUCAGAUUUCUGAAGAAUGAACUGGAGAAGUUUAAGAAAAUCUUACAAGAAGAAAACAGUCAAGAGUUUGUAAAGGACUUUAAUGAGAACAGAAGCAGAAUCACAGAAACAGCUCUUGAUCUCACACUCUUCUUCCUGAGAGAGAUGAAGCAAGAUCAAGCUGCUGAUACUCUUGUGGGCGAGCUGUUCUUCAUCAAUCAGCUUAAAUGUAGCCUGAAGAAGAAAUAUCAAAGUGUGUUUGAAGGAAUUGCUCGGCAAGGAGACUCCACACUUCUGAAUAACAUCUACACAGAUCUCUAUAUCACUCAGGGUGCGAGUGAACAGGUCAACACUGAACAUGAGAUCAGACAGAUUGAAGCUGCUUCCAGAUGUCAUCAGUCACUAGAGAUACAGGUUGAAUGCAAACAUUUGUUUGAAGCAGCUAAGCAAGAGGAGCAGAUCAGAACUGUCCUGACAAAAGGUGUUGCUGGCAUUGGGAAAUCCGUCUCUGUGCAAAAGUUUGUUCUGGAUUGGACUGAAGGAAGAGAAAAUCAAGACAUCAGCUUCAUAUUUCCUCUUCCAUUCAGAGAGAUGAACUUAAAGGAGAAAGAAAGACAAAGUUUAAAAGACCUCAUAACUCAGUUUUUCCCAGAGACUAAAGGACUGGACCUUACAAGAAGCACACGAUUCAAAGUCCUGUUCAUCCUUGAUGGAUUGGAUGAAUGUCGUCUUCCUCUGAAUUUUGCUGGUAAUGAGACGUGUCGUGAUGUAUCUUCAGCAGUCUCUCUGGAUGUUCUCCUGACGAACCUCAUCAAGGGAAAUCUGCUUCCUUCUGCUCUAAUCUGGAUCACCAGCAGACCAGCAGCAGCCAGUAAGAUUCCUGCUGACUGUAUCGACCGGCUGACAGAGAUACGAGGAUUCAAUGAUGCCCAAAAGGAGGAGUACUUCAGAAAGAGACUCACAGAUCAGAAUCAGGCCAGAGAAAUCAUUGAUCACAUUAAACAGUCAAAGAGUCUCUUUAUUAUGUGCCACAUCCCAGUCUUCUGCUGGAUUUCAGCCACUGUUCUCCAGAACAUUUUGAAGGAGAACAGAAAUACUGAACUGAAACACAGGGCUAAUGCUGAAACACUGCAGGAAUCUCCCAAGACUCUGACACAGAUGUACACACACUUUCUCCGCUUUCAGAUCCAGCAGAGCAGAAGAAAGUAUGAUGGAGAAAACACACCAGAUGUCUCCUGGGAUCCAAACCUCAUCCUUUCACUGGGGAAACUGGCCUUCCAGCAGCUGAAAAGAAACAACGUGAUCUUCUAUGAGAGCGAUCUGAAAGACUGUGGCAUUGACGUCUAUAAGGCAUCGGUGUACUCAGGCAUGUGUACCCAGAUCUUUAAAGAGGAGACGGGAAUCAUUCUUGGUACCAUGUACUGCUUUCUUCACUUGAGCAUUCAAGAGUUCAUUGCAGCCCUUUAUCUACAUCUGUUUCUAGACAGCAACAAGAAACGAGCAGAAAAAAGCAGAAAUGUGUCCAUGAUUGUUUUGCUGAUGACUGCAGUGGACAAGGCUCUGAAAAGUGAGAAUGGACAUCUGGACCUUUACCUUCGCUUCCUUCUCGGUCUUUCACUCCAGUCCAAUCGACAACUCUUACAAGGCCUGUUGACACAGCAGGAUGACAGAGACCAGAGCAAGGACAAAAUAAUUGCAUACAUCAAGCAGAAACUUGAAGGAAAUCUGUCUCCAGAGAGAUCCAUCAAUCUGUUCUACUGUCUGAAUGAACUGAACGAUCAAACUCUGCUGAAAGAGAUUCAGUCUCACCUCAGUAGAGGAAGUCUGUCAUCUGCUGACCUUUCACCUGCUCAGUGGUCUGCUCUGGUCUUUGUGUUGUUGACCUCAGAGGAGGAGCUGGAGGAAUUUGAGCUUCAGAAAUUCCAGAGAUCAGACGAGUGUCUCAUCAGACUAUCAGCAGUCAUCAAAUCCUCAAAAAGAGCUCUGCUACAGGGCUGUAAACUCACUGUUCGGUCCUGUAAGAAUUUGUCUUCAGCUCUACAAUCCUCAAACUGUGUCCUGAGAGAGCUGGACCUGAGUAACAAUGACCUGCAGGAUUCAGGAGUGAAGCUUCUCUCUGAUGGACUGAAGAGUCAACACUGUAAACUGGAGACACUGAGGCUACAGGGCUGUAAUCUCACUGUUCAGUGCUGUGAGAGUUUGUCUUCAGCUCUACAAUCCUCAAACUGUGUCCUGAGAGAGCUGGACCUGAGUAACAAUGACCUGCAGGAUUCAGGAGUAAAGCUUCUCUCUGAUGGACUGAAGAGUCAACACUGUAAACUGGAGACACUGAGAUUGUCUGGCUGUAUGGUGACAGAGGAAGGCUGUGGUUUUCUGUCUUCAGCUCUGACUUCAAACCCCUCACACCUGAGAGAGCUGGAUCUGAGCUACAAUCAUCCAGGAGAUUCAGGAGUCAAGCUGCUCUCUGAACAACUGGAGGAUCCAAACUACACACUGGACAAACUCAAGUAUGUGGAGCAUCACUGGCCUUGUGCUUUUCCACUGAAUGGCUUUAAAAAGACACUAGAAAGCUCUUUUCUGAUCUUCAGUUUUCUGUGAGGGUUAUGGGGUGAGGACAGACAGAAGAUACAGCUUGUAGAGUAUUCCAGUCAUGUCUAUGAAGAGCAAAUCAUUGAGUGUGAAAUGAAUCUCCUCUGUAAAUGUUGGAGUGUAUUGGCUCAGUUGUGACAUUAAGCGGGACACACUGUACAGUUUCAGCAUUUGAGCUGAGCAGAGAAACUUCUUCCUCCAUUUGUGCUGAAGAAUCCUCCAAUAUCAGGUCAGGAAUGGGGUUGGGGAUUGAAGAUGGAUUCAGAUUCUGGAAUCAGACACUUGGAUUAAUGUUCAGACUCUUGUUCUGAAAUCAACAUCUGGAUUCCUCUUCUCUGUGCACACAUGUGUAUUUUUCACUUGCUAAUCUGUCAGGAACUUGGGCGCUGGCGAGCAGCUUUAAUAAUCUGAACAUAGUUUAGAGAUGGACUGCAACAUGUGCUCAAAGGCUGCAUGUGCUGAAGAACGAUGGCAAAGCUAAGUGUGAUCACUGUAAUAAAUGAAUGUUGCAGCAGGGUGUCUCCAUCAACAUGAGCAGUAUCUGCGCUCGCUUCACCAACAGCAGAGGAAAAGAACGCACUGUGUUAGAUUCAUUGUGCAUCCCGGCUGGAACCAACAAGUAUUUUGUGUUUUAGCUGAAGAGUUUGGAGCGUGUAGCUGAGCAGCUCAGUGCUAGCUUUAGCUUAUUAGCUGAGGGGGAAACUAAACAGCUCAUUCUCUCCAUCUGUGUGUGU